AUGAGGAGAGGUUUGCUGCUGGUGACUCUGUUCCUCAUCAUGAAACUUCGACACAGCCAGUCCAGAUGCGAGGAGCCCGGAUCGCGCAGAGCAACUUCAGAUCAGACCACAGGCUUGGACAACCUCAAGCGGAACAGUCUGAAAAGGUUUAGCGAUUUGGAUUAUGAUAGCUUUGUGGGACUGAUGGGAAGAAGAGAUGCCGAUGCAAAUGCUGUACAGUCACCACAAAAAAGGGAAAUGCAUGACAUUUUUGUUGGUCUUAUGGGAAGGAGAAACUCAGAGCCUGAUAAUGGUCCCUGGAGGAGAGAGUAUCCAGAGAGGAGAGGCAUUUUUCUCAACAAGUGCAGGCUGAGGUUUCUACAGGGGCUGUAGACAUUCACAACAAAACUCUCUGAUCUGCCAACAAUGACAGAAGACCUCAGAGAACACAAAUAAGGAACUAAACAUGGAAACAACUAAAUGCCGUGAUGCACACUGUAAAC